CCAUCGAUGGAUCCUCACUCCUGUAGCCUCGCUGCCAGUAGCACUGACACAAGCGCUGUACAUCACCGAGUUUUCGACCAAGAGACCUUUUGUCAGGCCUGCAAAGAGGCAUUAUCGCAGAAAAUUAGUUUCACGAUGAUGGAGAAACAUGGGACGUUCAGGGAUAUAGUGCAGUCUGGGGUCUAUUGCAAGUUCUGCAGUUUCAUCUACGAGUCUUUCGCGGCAGAUAUAGCGAGCAAAACGACAGAGGAGAAAGAGCAGGUUAUUGAGUUAGGCGUCAGUAUUUUAACUGCAAAUUGUACUACUGGAAUCGAUGAUGCAGUUGACAGGAUCGACUUGAGGGUGGCUAUUGGAGAUGGACGGGAUGCUCUUCAUCUAAGGCGCACAUUCGUAGUCGUUAUGAAUCGAUGUGAGUGUUUUGGUUUACUAUUCAGAGGCUUGAAUCGAGCAAUUUGGAGCCAGUCAAGCCCCAUAAUGUUCAAGCAAAGAGAAGCAACUAUCCACGGUUGGCUUGAAGAUUGCCGGAAAAACCACACGAGAUGUCGCAGGGCCUCAAAAGCUAAUGUAGAGUUGGCAGUACGUAUGCUAGAGGUUCGCCCUCAUAAGGGCACAAUUGCGCUUCGGCUCGUGUCGACGCGUGAACUUGAUUUCUCGAAAACGCCUUAUGCUGUGCUGAGCCAUUGCUGGGGAAAGCCUGCAAUUACGUGUAUAACCACCCAAAGGAAUGUGGAAAGAUACUAUGAAAAAAUUGAAUUAUCCACGCUGGCUAAGACUUUCCGAGAAGCAGUCGAAAUAACAUGCGGCAUUAACAUACGAUACCUAUGGAUUGAUAGCCUCUGCAUUGUGCAAGACGAUAAAGACGAGUGGGAACAAGAAGCUGCGAAGAUGGCUAGAAUUUACGAGGAUGCCACCAUUACUAUCUCAGCAACCAGCGCGGGGAAUUCGCAAGAUGGCUGCGGUAUUACGACAGUUUUCCCACCCGCCGUGCAACUCUCCUCGAAAGUACCAUCUGAUACCAAUACAACUCUCAUUGCUAUCCGUGACUCAACUUCCGGGCCUCUGGAACAAGAAGUGAAGAGUAUACUUCUCAAUUCUCCUAUGAAUUCUCGAGCAUGGAUUCUCCAAGAGAGGCUACUUUCACGCCGCAUUUUACACGCCACCACCUCGCUUUUCGUCUGGCAAUGCGCAACAGUUAUUGAGACUGAAGAUGGUCUAAUCCACGAAACAAAAGCUACUCACGGCCCUUGGGAUAUUCUCGAGAGCCAUAUUCCCCAACACGUUCUGACUCCACAUCCCCUUCAAUACAACAUUCGCAAUCGCUGGUGGAGCUGGGUCAAGCAGUAUAUGGAGCGAGAUCUCUCACGUCCCGAGAAAGACCAUUAUGCAGCUUUCGCUGGGAUAACAAAUCAUUAUCGCAACCUAACCGGCGACGAACCCGUCCUCGGUCUUUGGAAAAGAGAUCUUCCCAUUCAUUUGAGUUGGGAGUCUUCUAAAGUGUCCAGAUAUGAGUGGACUGUUUCUCCCCGCAAACCUCGGUGUCCGUCUUGGACUUGGAUUACAUAUCCACAUGGUAGCGUCCAUCUCGAACGCCGCCAAGAUUUAAAUCUUUUCGAAUGUAUUGACAGCCCUCAAGGCUUCAAAAUAUACUACGAAGCCCAGGUAAUAAUGAUCGAGACAGACAGUACUCCCGCGGCGCUUGUUGCAGAACCACAAUAUGGCAUCUUAACUUUAAGAGGGCUUCACCAUCGCACGCUACUUUCCAGAAGGUUAAAUGGGUGGAGAUAUCGUGCAUGUAUGGAUGUGGGGCAGGAUGAACUUGACGAGGAAGAACGCGAGUUUGAAACUUUUGCGCUCUUUGCAUAUGUGGAAGAAGGGCGGCUCACUGUAGAUCCACCAGGAUUACGUAUUGUUGGUCUGAUUUUGGAAGCUACAGGGAAGAACCAGAAUGAGUACAGACGAAUUGGAUUGACUAAUCGACGAGUCGACAUGUUGCCAGGGACGAAGAUAGAAGACUUACUCGUGGGAAUCACGAAGGAAAUACAUUUGACUUAA